AUGAGCCCCCUGAAUUCAGCUGACUUUACAAACGACAGUAUUGUGCAUCCUGACUUCUUUUUCAUAAGUGGAUUUGCUGGUAUUCCCCACACAAACUACUACUAUGUCUUCAUGGGCUUUGUUUAUGCUCUGACUGUAGUGGGAAACACCUUUGUCAUGUUUAUGAUUUACACUGACCACUGUCUUCACAGUCCAAAAUACAUUGUAGUUUUUAAUUUGGCUCUGUGUGACUUGGGUGUAAGUACUGCACUCAUUCCUCCAUUGAUUGACACCUUCCUUUUUAAAUCACAGUUAAUCACCUUCAAGGCCUGCUUGACUAAUAUGUUUUUUGUUUUUGGGUUUCUAAAUAUGCAGUCUUUCACUCUAACUUUUCUUUCCUAUGAUAGAUGUGUUGCUAUAUGCUUUCCACUGCGAUACUACGAGAUAGUUACAAAUAAAUCAAUGUUGGUCAUCACAGCCACAUUGUGGAUCAUUGCAGGACUAGCCAUUCUCAUAGCUGUGAUUUUUAUGAGCAGAUUGUCAUUCUGCAAAUCCACUGUGAUAAACAGUUAUUUCUGUGAUCACGGACCCACAUUUCGUUUGGCAUGCAAUGACAACACUCCCAAUUAUGUGAUUAGUCAUUCACAUCCUGUUCUGAUUUUCUGGCUUCCGCUACUGUUCAUCACGGUCACCUAUAUCUGUAUAGGCAGAGCGUUAUUAAAAAUAGCAGCAGCCUCAGAGCGCCUCAAAGCUAUGCAAACCUGCACCUCUCAUUUGAUCUUGGUGAGUGUGUUUUAUCUUCCCAUUUGUAUCACCUUUGCAAUGGGUGCCUCCAUCCACCAGAACGCCAGGAUUAUUAACACAUCUCUGGGGACUGUUUUGCCACCUAUGCUGAAUCCAAUCAUCUACUCACUGAAGACAGAAGAAUUCAGAGAAUCCAUUAAAAAGCUGUACAGAAGAAAGAACAUAAGCGUCACUGUAUGGAAUAAAUGA